AAUAAAAAAAAUUGUAUUAUUUUUUUAUUAUUUUUUAUAAUAUUGAAUAUGAUUUAUUUGUUAAAUUUUAUUUAUUUACAGAAAAUUAUGAUAGAUGGAGGUUUUGCGAAAAUCCAAUUAAACAGAGAAUGGAAUAUUGGAACUGCAGAUUUUGAGUUUACUUUAAAUAGUAGCAGUAAAAUCACAUGCAUUCCAUUAACAUUGAAUGGCGAGGUUGUUAAAAGAGAGAUUACUUUGGUGAAUUUUGGAGAUCUUGCAAAUUCUUAUGGAUUUAUAAAAAUUCAAGGAUAUUUAAGAUCUCAAUUCCAAAAAAUUGAUAAAUUUAAGGAAGAUAUUUGUGAUUUUUUGCUUGCAUCGAUUACUGAUAGAGAAUAUUGUUUGGAAGUAAGAGUGCAAAAUAUUUCUGAUUUUGAGAAUUUGAAAAAAUAUAAAAGAGGAAAUUCUUUGGAAAUUUCAGGAUAUAUGAGAACACGGAGGGGCAACAAGAGUUAUUUAUCUGUUUCAUCGGAAAAGCAUAUUUUGCAAAUUAAUUUGGAGAAAAUGGCUUUGAGUAAAAUUAUAAGUGGAAAUAAGUCAAUUCAAAAAAGAAAAGCUGAAGAUGAUAAUGAGAUUUCUAAGAAAUUGAAUAAAACAAUUUAAAUAUUAAUUGAAGCUGAUGAUGACAAUUUUAAAA